GUUAGAGUUCAUCAUAGUAGCUACCGGCCAUAAAUCACCUACUAUGUGCCAGCCAAUUUUAUAGAUGAGAAAAUUGAGGCAAAUAGGUUGGGUGAAUCUGAACUCGGGUCUUCCUGAAUGCUCUUAGUAGGCGUACUAUAAACCAUGCUGCACACGUGUUUGAGCAAAGGAGAAAGGUUCUCCGUAACGUCAUCGUGCCUUAAAUCCCUGCAGAACGUUUUUAAAAUUCGGAAUUUGAAAAAAGUUAGAAUUUUAAAACUUGGUCCAGUCUCAGGGUUCCACAAAAACAGACAGCGCCGUGGUGUGCUAAUUCCUGGCUUGGCGGCAGCAGAAUGAAAUGAUAGGCUCAUAAAAAAUGGGUGGGUUGUGCAGGAUAGGAAAGGAUAGACAAGUAAAUCUGCAAGGCAGCCACUUACACCGCACGGCCCUCUUGCCGAGAAGAGCGCAUGCGCAAAGCCAGGUUAGCGCUUAUCAAGCGGAGCCGAACCUUCCAGGCCUGUUGGCGGCGGUAGCGGCAGCAACGCCCACGCAGCUCCAACGUCACGCGACUUCCUCACCUCCGCGGAGCGGUUUCCGGGUCACGGUGCCGGUGGGAGAGAGGAAAAUGGUCAACCUACGGCCGCGGAGGCCUCGCCGCGCGUCGCCAAUCGGGGCGGUGCUGGACCGGGAGGACGAGAUAGAAGAGUCGGACUCGGAAGGGGAAGAACCGGACUUGGAGUUCCCCGACGGCGGCCCAGCGGCGGAGACGGGAGAGGAGGAGGAAGAGGAGGAAGAGGAGGAAGAGGAAGAUGAAGCCCCCGAAGAGUUGACGUUUGCCAGCGCCCAAGCGGAGGCCAAGAAAGACGAGCGGCGCCUGCGGGACGCUCUGCUCAGGGACAAGCGGCUCCUGAAGGAGAAGAGGAAGCGGCGGGAGGAGCUGUUCACGGAGCAAAAGAAAAGAAAACUACUUCCUGCCACUCUUCUAGAAGAAUUAACUGCAGCUCCCCAGACAAUAAUAAAUGAAUCAUUACCCAGAUUGGAAAAAGGCAAUGCAGAAAAUGAGAACAAGGAGGAAAAAGAAGAAAAAAUGUUUCAUACACGCGUAAAGAAGAGGUACGUGGCUUGUAGACUAAAGGACCAAGAUUUGAUAGACUUAAGGCAGCAAGCAGCCAAAGGCUUCAUACAGAAGUAUUUAUAUGGUCGAGGGAGCAACAGAACUACUGUAAACAAAUUUCUUUCCCUUGACAACAAGAGAUUGCCAGUUAAAAAACCUGCAGUCCAGUUUGUGAAUAAUAAUUGGGGAGCAGAGAGAAAACAAAGUGCUAAGAAGUUCAAAAAACAAUGGAUGCAUAAAAAGAAGCUAGCUUCCAGAAGACCAAAUAUUACAUAAAUCCCCUUUUUAAAAAUGAUCACACUGUUAAAAGAUCAUGCAGAAUUUAUUAAAACUACUUUGCUGUUUUUUAGAACUUGUUUGUUUUCUUUUUAGAACUGUAUACUUUGUUUCCAUUUAUGUACUAGUCUUUUUUAUCUAAUAAGAAUGCUCUUAUACCAGAUUAAAGAUUAUGAACAUUCUGAAAUGACUGGAAUUGAGCUCCAUACUCCUUUUAUAUAGGCCAGAUUUUUUAGAAAUUAAGAAGAGCAAAAACAAGAACAACUGAGUUAACAAAUACCAAUCAAGGAGUAAGCUCUUUUCUCAAUGUGGUUUCUGCCACCUUUAUUGUUAUUGACAGUCACUUUCUGGCUACAACAGAUACUUCAGAAUGUUAUCAUUGGAAUGCUGGUCUAUGGAACUCGGACCACAAAAAAACACCAUGAGUUAUAAUAUGAAAUGAAUGCUGAAGGGCCUGGGCCCUUUGAGGCCAUUAAUUAAGUUCAAUCCUUUCAUUUUACAAAUAAGAAAACUGAGGUGCAAAGAAAUUAAAUGACUUGCUCAGUCACAUUGGGUCUGAAACAUCAUUUGAAUCUAGCUGCUUCAAAAACAAGAAUGGAAAGUU